UUAGGCCUAUUUACUUUUACUAGUUGUAUAUAGACGUACCUCCUUAUUUUAUUUAUUCUUAUUUUUUUUUAUCUUGUCUUGUGCUGCUGCAACACCUGAAUUUUCCCUCUGGGGAUCAAUUAAGGAUUUGUGUCUUCAUAAACAUCCUUUACUUCUUCAGUUGUAUCUCCGUCUGUCCGCCAGAUGUCGCUGUUUCUCUGUUAACCAGGGCAAGCUGCUUAGUCUGCGCGCAUGCGCAGUAUCCUCAUUUGGCCUUUGGUCUUUCAGACGCUUAUGAUGCGCAGAAAAGGUUGUCCGCUUCUCGGCGCUUGUACACAACUGUUUAAUGUCUAAAUUCGGCCUGAGGAGCCCACUUGGCACUUUCUGCUGACGAGAAGAGUCACCGCGACGGUUCACUGUAUGUGGAGUCUGCCAACAGUUACUAUGAGCACUGAUGUAGCAUUGUUGCGACAGUUGUGGUUACUCUCCCUCUACCUCCGGUCCCCAGUGCCUCACUGCAUGACCUCAGACAACAGUAAAAUCCACGAGGCCUUCCUUGCCCAGGACCCUUUCCUCUGGACUAGUGACUGCUCGGUAGCCACAGCACCACAAUCUUCUCAUCUUUCAACAGAAUUUUUUUUUUUUUCCCCACAUUGGAGUUGAACGCCUCCACUUGGGUCAGUGGAGGUGUUGAAGAGCCACCCCUCAUCCUAUUUAUCCUCUUGAAUCUUUAAGAAUAUUUUUUUUCUCCUGGUUGGCUUGAGCCCGGUUCUGCCGGCCACGUGACUAUUCAAAACUGGGGCGCGAUUCAUGGGAUGCAACCAUGUCGGAUCUCAGUGAGCGCAGGCCGGUCAACACGGACUACGCUGUGUCCCUGCUGGAGCAGCUCAAGUUCUUUUACGAACAGAAAUUACUGACUGACGUUGUGCUGCUGGUGGAGGACACAGAGUUCCCAUGUCACAAGAUGGUCCUGGCCACAUGUAGCUCCUAUUUCAGGGCGAUGUUCAUGAGCGGCCUCAGCGAGAGCAAACAGACCCACGUCCACCUGCGGAACGUGGACCCGGCCACCCUGCAAAUCAUCAUCACCUACGCCUACACGGGCAACCUGGCCAUCAGCGACAGCACUGUGGAGCCACUCUACGAGACCGCCUGCUUCCUUCAGGUGGAGAACGUCUUGCUGCAGUGCAGAGACUACCUGGUGAAGAAGAUAAACGCUGAGAACUGCGUCCGCAUGCUGAGCAUCGGCGACAUGUUCAGCUGCAGCGAGCUAAAGCAGAGCGCCAAGCGCAUGGUGGAGCACAAGUUCCCCAUGGUGUACAGGCAGGAGGCCUUCCUUCAGCUCUCCCACGAGCUGUUGAUAGACGUCCUGAGCAGCGACAACCUCAACGUGGAGAAGGAGGAGACGGUGCGCGAGGCGGCCAUGCUGUGGCUGGAGUAUAACAUGGAGGCGCGCUCGCAGCACCUGUCCUCCGUGCUCAGUCAGAUCCGCAUCGACGCGCUGUCCGAGGUGACGCAGCGCGCCUGGUUCCAGGGCCUGCCGCCCAACGACAAGUCGGUGGUGGUGCAGGGCCUCUACAAGUCCAUGCCCAAAUUCUUCAAGCCUCGGUUGGGCAUGACCAAGGAGGAGAUGCUGAUCUUCAUGGAGGCCAUGUCGGAAACGAGCGACGCGUACGUGAUGGCCGGGGCCUUGCCUACCACAGUGGUGUGUUACAGCCCGCAGGCGGAGAAAGUGUACAAGCUGAACAACCCCCCCGGCGACCUGCAGAAGGUUGGGACCCUCGUUACACCAGACAAUGAUGUGUUCAUCGCCGGCGGACAGAUCCCUCUCAAAAACUCUGUCACCAACCACGGCAAGAGUGGCAAGUUACAGGCGGUCUUCCGCUCAGUCGAUAGCUUCUUCUGGUUUGACGCCCAGCAGAACGCCUGGGUACCCAAAACCCCGAUGCUGUGUGCCCGAAUCAAGCCCUCCCUGGUCUACUGCGACGGCUACAUCUAUGCAAUCGGGGGAGAUAACGUCGGGGGAGAGCUGAACAAGCGCACGGUGGAGCGCUACGACUGCGAGAAGGACGAGUGGAGCAUGAUGAGCCCCCUGCCCUUCGCCUGGAACUGGAGCACCUCCGUGGCGGCGCACGACUGCAUCUACGUGAUGACCCACGACCUGAUGUACUGCUACUUCCCCCGGGCCGACACCUGGGUGGAGAUGGCCAUGCGCAAGACGAGCCGCUGCUUCGCCUCCGCCGCUGCUUUCGGUGACCUCAUUUUCUACAUCGGCGGCCUCCACGUGGUCAGCAACUCGGGCAUCCGCUUGCCCACGAGCACCAUCGACGGCUCCUCCGUCACCGUGGAGAUCUACGACGUCAACAAGAACGAGUGGCGCCUGGCCGCCAACAUCCCCGCGAAGCGUUACUCGGACCCGUGCGUGCGGGCGGUGGUGCUGCUCAACUCGCUGUGCAUUUUCAUGCGCGAAACCCACAUGAACGAGCGCGCCAAGUACGCGAUCUAUCAGUACGACAUGGAGCUGGACCGCUGGUACCUGCGGCAGCCUGUGUCCGAACGCGUGCUCUGGGAUCUGGGCAAGGACUUCCGCUGUGCGGUGGGGAAGCUGUACCCCUCCUGCCUGGAGGAGUCCCCCUGGAAACCCCCAACCUACCUCUUCUCCCCCGACGGAGCCGAGGAGUUCGAGGUGGACGGGGAGCUGGUGACCCUCCCUCACGUAUAGCUCUUAACCUCUCCUCCCCUACCUCGCUGACUGAACCAGGAAUCUGUAACGCUGAGGGAUGAACAUGAAGGGGGGAGGGAGGGAGGGGGGGAGGGAUCAGUUCUCUUAAGAUAUGAAAGGGUUCAACGUUGUCAGCUACAGCUGUUGUAACAAUGCAGCCCAAAACAAGCUUUUUUUUUUCUUAUUUUGUCAGUUGUGACAUCUGUUAGAUAUUAUUACAAGUCUGUCAUACUGUUUCUACAAUGUGAUAAUCUAAAACGUCAACUGAUUUUGUGAUGAUGAUGCACUUAACUGGUAAACCUUCUCGGAAUGACAAUGGCAACUGUACCAAAAUCCCCC